AAGAUGUUGAUGAGUUUAUUGAAAUGAUGAACCCAACUGACAAUACUGAAAACACGGCGUUGACCUGUGCUAAUCACCAAUUACAUGAAAAAUCUGGGAAAGUCGAGGAUGAAGUGAUUGACCGAACAAGUAUGAAGCCGAUAGAGAAUUUGAAAGAAGAGUGUCUUACUAAAAUGGUGGAGGGUGAAGCAGAAGAUUCGGAUGAUGCUGAAAUUGAGCUCAUGUUAACAAAAUUGCUGCCAGAUGCUUUUUCCAUCUGGAAGGAAAAAUACAGGUCGUUGGUAAAAGAGGAAUACCCUGAGGCUAGCAAGACAACAAUUGAAGAUAAGUUACGGGAGAUAUGGUAUCAGAUCCCGGCUGAACAUCAACAAAAGUAUUACGAUAAAGCGAAUGCCAUGAUAAAGAGAUAUCGAUUAAGCUUGGGUAGUUGUUCCUUUAGUAAAGCAAGAAAAAAACGUGCUUUAAAAUCACAUUUCAAACUACGAAGUAAAGAAACAACUGUAUUGAAACCGAAGCCUAUCAAAGCACGACGAAUUACUAGCGAAUGUGCAGAUCACGAUGGGUGGCAAUCUACGGAAGAAUGCGCUCAGGAAUACAAAUAUGAUUACUCGAAAGCAAUGAGAGAGACUAUGACAUACAACUCGCCAGACAAAACAGUCAAAAAAAAGUUAGCUAAAAUGAAAGUACGAGAUAACAUCAUGGAUUUUACUGAUGAGAAUGAAAUUGCUACAGGAUUUUUGCAGGAUAUUAUGAUAGCAAGCAAUAUUGCUGAAAGUAGAAGUGAAUAUAACAGCGAGGACUUCGUUUUUAAUGAUGGUUCACUGGAUGUUGGGGAGUUAGACAGUUAUUUGUCCGGUGGAGACGAUGUAUUUGGUCGUUGUGACAACUUAGGUGAGGAAAUAAACUUAGGAAAUCAUCAAAUGAAACAGAGAAUUGACGUAAGAGAAGAGAAAAAACGCCGAAACAGGAUGAAGCAACGAGAAAGACGCAAAAAGAAAAGAAAAUUGCUUCAUGCGUUGGCAAAAUAUUGUGAUAUUAAAGAAAUUAGGACUUGUGAUAUUAAAGAAAUUAGGACUGAGAAGGAUGGUGAAAAGAAAAAAGAUAACAGUGAAGAACUUACUGAACAAUAUUACGAAGAAGCAAUGGGUACAACGACUUGCCAGGAUGAAGGAACCACAGACGAAGAAAACAAAAGCACGAAUGACAGUCCAGGAAUUAAAGCAAAUGAAUGUAUCACAGGUAAACACGACGUCGCAAAAGAAACAUAUGAUAUUAUAUCCACCAAUGUCCACGUAAGUUUCAAUGAUAAUAUACAUGAUGGUGACGAAAAAAUAGCUCGAAGGGAAACAUGCACUAACGUUGAUUCUGGGACUCCAAAUCUUAAUCAGAAAGGCAUACAAAAAGAAGAUUAUAUUGAUGGUAAAACGUUAGUUAAAGAGAAUCGUAAAAAUGAUAGCAAAGAUGAAAUAAAAGAUGAAGUAGAAGAAGACAGACUGGAAAAAGAGGGGGAAAUAGAAGAUUUUAGAAACACCACCAAUGGAAAAGAAGAGCAACAGAUAAGCGAGGAAGAAGGAAAAGAAAAAAUGGAUGAAAAGGAAAAGAUAGAAAGAAAAAUUAAAAAUGUCAAAAAGCAAAAAAGUAGUACUCGAUUAAGGAGAACAUCUAAGAGGAUCCUGAAUCUAAAACAAAAUUAACAGAAGACGUUUGCGGGAAGAAUAGUUGAGACAAAUGAAAAUAAAUAUAGCUAUCACUAACAAUUCUUUCUCAGUUGUAACUAACUACAUAUAUACAGUAAGACAAAAACGUAUUUUUGAUGACGGCACGUGAAAAAAGACUUAUAAAGGAAAAACUAGAUAGGUUCAAACACAAGUUUAAAAACAUGCUUUACAAAUUUAAAACCACAUGCA